AUGCACGUUGCUCCAAUGUAUCCACAAACAAGAAAUCAAGAUUUAUUCCAAACCAUGAAAGCUGAUUCAACUACAACAUCAUCUAUUUUCUCAAACAAUGAAAUGGAUUAUGCUUCCCAAGUAAGGGAAAUGGAAGAAUAUUAUUUAAAGACUUUAUUAACUGAAGAUGAUGAUAAUGAUAAUGAUGUAGAAUAUACUACAAAAUUGCAAUCUUCUAAUAAUGAUGAUGUAUUUUCUAAUGACAGUACAUCUACUGGUAGUCCCUCCUCCCCAGGACAAAUUGCAAAGUUAAAUAGUUUUUACAAUCCAUUUUUGACAUCAUCUAAUUCUAAUCCAUAUUAUACUGGCAUUAAUGCAUCAAAUGGUGUUGCUAUUGCUACUAACCCGGCAAUUUCACGUCCUUUGCAAAAUACAUCUUUAGAAGUUGAAAUUAAUAAUGCAUUUAAUCCUGCUGUUUCAUCUUUACCAUUAACUACUGAAAAUUUACAAAAAUUGAGUCAAAAUACCCAAACUAAUCAACAAUUAGCUCAACAACAAUUAAAAAUGUUACAAACUCAAUUUGUUGAUACUAGCAUCUCUGGUCAACAACAACAUAAUCAUAAUCAUCAUCAUCAUAGCCAACAAAACCAAUAUUCUAAAAUUGUACGUAAUGAUUCUAAUGAACAACAAACUAAUAAACAACUUUAUAAGACUGAAUUAUGUGAAUCAUUUACUACAAAGGGUCAUUGCAAGUACGGUGGUAAAUGUCAAUUUGCACAUGGUUUAGAAGAAUUGAAAUUAAAAGAACGUCGCAGUAAUUUUAGAACAAAACCUUGUGUCAAUUGGGCUAAAUUAGGAUAUUGUCCAUAUGGGAAACGUUGUUGUUUUAAGCAUGGUAGUGAUAGAGAUAUCCAAAUUUAUGUCAAUGCAGGAGCAAUUAAGGUUCAUACUCAAUCUAAUGAAACAGUUACCGAAUCAGAAAAUGCUACUAAACUAAGUACUCAAAGACCUAAGCAUUUACAUCCAAAUGUGAAACUAUUACAACGUAUUAGUUGGUAG